UGAAUUUGCACUGGCAGUGCAUAUAUGUUGGUCUGUACUGGACUGGAAUAAGAGAAGUCAAAAGGCUGUCUUGUGGGGGUGCCCCUUGAUUUUACCUGUGCUGCUUCGUGAUAGAGGAGGCUGCUUACCGAGGGAGAUCCAGUCCUAUUUGAGAAUCAGGUUUCUUUCUGCUUGCAUUCAUGGCCAAAUGAUAGCUUAUAUAUAAGAUUUCAAUGGUUUUUCAGGCUCCAUAGAUGCCAUUACAUUGUUCUGCAGUUACAUUUUCUUUAACCGUUCACCCUUUUUCUUUUGUUACUCUAACUUAGUGAUUGCAAUGCUUAUUAUACAGGGUCCUGAUACCUCUUGCUCACCUGUCUAAAUCAAGGCAAUGCUGAAAAUGAUGUUUCCCCCAUCUUUCGUUUCACAAGAGGAAUUCAACAUAUUUCACACAAUUGAUCGGCUGCUAUACACUCUGCUUGUUAUCAACCUGUGGCGGGACCCUGUGGAGUCUAUUCGGGUUAUAGCCCUAUGGCUCUGGCUGGAGAGGGUAGGGUUCAAAAAUGUUGUACAGAAGAUAUUGUCCUUGCCUUAUAUAUUGAUAAAUGAACUUGCAGAUGACGCUGUCGCAUGCCUCAACAUCAUUAACAAUAACCAAUUAGCUUCCUUGUCCGAGGGCAUUGACAUUCCUUUGAUGCAAAGCUUGAUGGAGGGAGAUCUGUCUCUCCAAUUCUUUUAUGAAAAUCGGCUGAUUGCGGCACAAGGUAUUGUCAGAAUUGUGAAUGAAGUAUGUAUGAGAGCGUUAAGGGACAUCAUGCAACAUGCCAUCGAAAGAAAUGCUGCCCAAAGCUUAGCUGAUAGCCAGCGGCAGCAAGCAAUGUCACAAACUUUGCAACCAAUGGUUCUACCAGGUUUAUCUCAGAUGGGAUUUAGUCCAGGUAAUGUGGGACUUCCUUGGACCCAAGAAAAUGAAGUACCACCAGACGAUAGGACUAUGUUUGUCACAUUCUCUAAGGGCUACCCAGUAUAUGAAUGGGAAGUCAGAGAAUUCUUCACCAGGGCUUAUGGGGAUUGCAUAGAGUCCUUACACAUGCAAGAAGUGCUGCCUGAUGAGCAAUCGCUCUUUGCUCGAAUUGUUUGUCACUCAGCAUCAGCCAUUGAAGUGAUCCUUAAUGGUAUGAGCAAAACGAAGUUUACCAUCAAUGGGAAGCAUGUGUGGGCUAGAAAAUUUGAGCCAAAACGUCUCAAACCUUCUCCAACAGCGCCACCAAUGAAUUUGCCAGUUUCAUUUGGGUUUUGA